CCCUUUAUUUUGCAUUUUGCUGCUGCUUCUGCUGCUUUUGUCCACUUAUUGCACUCUUCUCUUACAUGUUUUGAUGAGCAGCUGCGUCUCCAUUCCCCGUUCUUAACGAGGGUAAAGUUUGCGGCCAUCACCUUGAAGCAUGGCUUCUGCUUUGCAUUCAGCUUUUCACUCAAAUGAUGAGGGCAUUCGUUUUUAUAUUAGAUCGCAACACCGUAUUGGUGGAAGAUGUAGCAAUGGUGGUGCUCGUCCUCAAAAUACUUUAUUUAGCGUGAAAAUGUGGUCCAAAAGAUGGGGAUCACGAUAUAUUCAAUUGCAAAGAGCUCCUAGAAUAUGUUUGAGCUUGGGUUCAAAAUGCACAAGACUGUUCUUGAAUGGAAUCAAGGUUUCAAAUCAUAGCACCUGCAGAAGAAUGCCUGAGGUAAAAGAGGGAAUUGGGAUUUUGAAGGAAGCAUUGUUGAUUACUUGGAAAGAAUGGAGUCAGUCCACUAAAGUGGCUGUCUUGUUGAUAUUUGCCUUGUUGAUUAUUCCGAAGGCUGACGCUGUAGAUGCUCUAAAAACUUGUACUUGCUUAUUGAAGGAAUGCAGGAUAGAGCUUGCGAAGUGUAUUGCAAAUCCAUCAUGUGCAGCUAAUGUUGCUUGUCUUCAGACCUGUAACAAUAGACCUGAUGAGACUGAAUGCCAGAUCAAAUGUGGUGAUUUAUUUCAGAACAGUGUAGUUGACGAAUUUAACGAGUGUGCAGUCUCACGAAAGAAAUGUGUACCCCGAAAAUCAGAUGUGGGUGAAUUUCCAGCUCCUGAUCCUGCUGUUCUAGUUAAGAACUUUGACAUUAAAGAUUUUAGUGGGAAGUGGUAUAUAAGUAGUGGCUUAAAUCCCACUUUUGAUACCUUUGAUUGCCAACUACAUGAGUUUCACACAGAAUCAGGGAAGCUUGUUGGAAAUUUGACAUGGCGAAUACGAACUCCAGACACUGGAUUCUUCACUCGUUCUGCCCUGCAGAGAUUUGUGCAAGAUCCAAAAUAUCCAGGAAUACUCUACAAUCAUGAUAACGAGUAUCUUCACUAUCAAGAUGACUGGUACAUUUUGUCCUCUAAGAUUGAAAACAAACCAGAUGACUACGUAUUUGUGUACUACAGAGGCAGGAAUGAUGCGUGGGAUGGGUAUGGUGGUGCUGUCGUCUACACAAGAAGUGCAGUUUUGCCUGAAAGCAUUGUACCUGAACUACAAAGAGCAGCGAAAAGCAUAGGGCGUGAUUUCAGUAAGUUCAUCAGGACAGACAACACUUGCGGACCUGAACCUCCCCUUGUCGAGAGAUUGGAAAAGACAGUGGAAGAAGGAGAAAGGACAAUCGUAAAGGAGGUUGAAGAGAUAGAAGGGGAGAUAGAGGGUGAGGUUGAGAAGGUGAAGGACACUGAGAUGACCUUGUUUGAGAGGCUGACUGAAGGAUUUAAAGAGCUCAAAAAAGACGAGGAAUUCUUCCUAAGGGAGCUUAGCAAGGAAGAGAUGGAUGUUUUGGACGCACUUAAAAUGGAAGCAAGCGAGGUUGAAAAACUGUUUGGACGAUCACUACCAAUUAGGAAGCUAAGGUAGUUUGAUGGAGAAAUGAAAUGCUCAUGAAUCAUGAUAUAGAUUCUGCUGAUGAAACCAUUUUCUACUGUAUAGCUACCAUACACCUCUAUAUUACACUUUGUUCUCCGAAGCAUUUUUUGCUGAUUCUUUCAAAGGCAAUGCAAUGCAUUAAAGAUGUCAAUUUUUGAGCUGGCCCUUAUUCUAUUCUGGAGUGCUUUGGCCUCGAAAGGAGAAGAAACAUGAGCUGAAUUUCUUCACCUUUUAGGGUUAAUAAAUCUCCUUGGCUAGAGAAGAAUUCUCUAGCUUUUCUUC